AUGAACCAAGUAGAACCGAUGGAUGUAUCACCGACGCCGGCAGCGUAUCAGAUGCGCCCGGAACUCGAUGAAACUUUUAAAUCGGAAAAGAUUCGUGAAAUCAUCAACACAGUAUUAACGGAAACGCUAACCGGUCAAUCAUACUCGGCUGGCGACGCAUCCCGUUGGACAAAAUUAAUGGCUGAUAAAAUAAGUGUUCAAGUCAAGGAUUUGGAUAUGAACCGAUACAAACAUGUUGUGCAAGUAUGGCUUGGACAACAGUUGGGUGCUGGAUGCAAAUGCGUUGCCCGAUGCCGUUGGGACACGGAAUGUGAUAACUAUGCAACGGCAGAAUUUAAAAACUCAACCAUCUUUUGCGUGGUGACAGUUUACGGUCUCUAUUUGUACUGAUGUAAAGUCGACAAUUAUGCAAAUCAAUUCUGAUACGUGUUCUAAACGCUACGUCACUUGCCCAAAUUCUUCAUAAUAUAGCGUUGUAUAAUUGCAUUUAAAAGUUCUAGUGAUUACGCUGUUGUAUUACAGCUGCAUACACUUAUA